CCGGAAGCAGCUGCAGGUUCUGGUGUCAGAACCGGGAUCAGGACCACCAGAACCAGAACCAUGUCCUCCUUCAGUAAACUCCUCACCCCCCGGAACUGCGGGGCCGCCGGGGCCGCGGUUCUGGUUCUGGCUCUGCUACGGAACCGGAGACGGAACCGGGACAGAACCAAAGGUUCCUCCUCCAACCUGCUGCAGAACUCAGAGAAGGACGGACGGAGGGACAAAGCUGCCGUGGACAAACAGUUCUUCCUGCGGAUCGUCCGGAUCCUGAAGAUGAUGGUGCCCCGGUUUUUCUGCAUGGAGACGGCCUACCUGCUGCUCAUCGCCUCCAUGCUGGUGGCCAGAACCUACUGUGACGUCUGGAUGAUCCAGAACGGAACCAUGAUUGAAAGCGGGAUCAUCAGCAGAGACAUGAAUCUGUUCAAGCUGCACUUUUACUCCUACAUGUCCGUCAUCCCAGGGAUUGCUCUGGUCAACAACUUCCUGAAACUUGGUCUGAAUGAGCUGAAGCUUCGCUGCAGAGAGAGACUCACCAAGGAGCUGUACGACAAAUACCUGCAGGGCUUCACCUACUACAAGAUGGGGAAUCUGGACAACCGGAUCGCCAACGCGGACCAGCUGCUGACGCAGGACGUGGAGCGGUUCUGCAACAGCGUGGUGGACCUGUACUCCAACCUCAGCAAGCCUCUCCUGGACAUCGGUCUCUACAUCUUCAAGCUGACGUCGGCCAUCGGAGCUCAGGGCCCCACAUGCAUGAUGGCGUACCUGCUGAUCUCCGGUUUGUUCCUGACGAGACUCAGGAGGCCGAUCGGGAAGAUGACGGUGACGGAGCAGCGAUACGAGGGAGAAUACCGCUACGUUAACUCCAGACUCAUCACCAACAGUGAGGAAAUCGCCUUCUACAACGGGAACCGGAGAGAGAAACAAACCAUUUACGCCACGUUCAAGAAACUGGUGGACCACCUCCACAACUUCAUCUUCUUCAGAUUCUCCAUGGGAUUCAUCGACAGCAUGAUCGCCAAGUACCUGGCCACCGUGGUGGGCUACCUGGUGGUCUCCCGGCCCUUCCUGGACCUGAACCAUCCCCGACACCUGACGAGCAGCCACUCGGAGCUGCUGGAGGACUACUACCAGAGUGGGCGGAUGCUGCUCCGGAUGUCUCAGGCUCUGGGGAGGAUCGUGCUGGCUGGAAGAGAGAUGACCCGGCUGUCCGGGUUCACGGCUCGGAUCACGGAGCUCAUGCUGGUUCUGGACGAGCUGAACGCCGGGAAGUACGAGAGGACCAUGGUGUCCCAGCAGGACCGAGCAGAAAAGACCUCUCUGGUUCCAGGAAGUGGCCUCGUCAACAACCGGGACAACAUCAUCAAGUUUGAUCACACGCCGCUGACGACGCCCAACGGAGACGUUCUGAUCCGGGACCUGAGCUUCGAGGUCCGGUCCGGCACCAACGUCCUGGUCUGUGGACCCAACGGCUGUGGGAAAAGUUCCCUGUUCAGAGUCCUGGGGGAGCUGUGGCCGCUGUUCGGGGGUCAGCUGACCAAACCGGAUCGGGGGAAGUUGUUCUACGUCCCACAGAGACCGUACAUGACUCUGGGUUCCCUGAGGGACCAGGUCAUUUACCCCGACACCCUGGAGGAGCAGAGGAGGAAGGGGAUCUCUGACCAGGUCCUGAAGGAGUACCUGGACAACGUCCAGCUGGGCCACAUCCUGGACCGGGAGGGGAACUGGGACGCCGUCCAGGACUGGAUGGACGUGCUGAGCGGGGGGGAGAAGCAGCGGAUGGCGAUGGCCCGGCUCUUCUACCACAAGCCCCAGUUCGCCAUCCUGGACGAAUGUACGAGCGCGGUUAGCGUGGACGUGGAGGACUUCAUCUACGGACACUGUAGAACGGUCGGCAUCACCUUGUUCACCGUCUCCCACAGGAAGUCGCUCUGGAAGCACCACGAGUUCUACCUCCACAUGGACGGCCGAGGGAACUACGAGUUCAAGCCAAUCACAGAAGAGACGGUGGAGUUCGGUUCCUAGCCUAGCUCGCUGCUAGCCGGCUGCUAGCCGGUUGCUAACCGGUUGCUAGCUGGUUAUUAGCCGGUUCUAAACCGGUUCUAAACCGGUUGCUAACCGGUUCCUAGCCGGUUCUAAGCCGGUUCACGGUUCCCGGUUCAAACCAGUCCAUUAAUUCUUUGCACUUGAGAAGAAAACUAUAAUUAAAGCUAGAAACGGAUGUUUUUAAUCAUUUGUAACGGAACUGUGUUUGUUUUGUUUAGUUUUUUGUUCUUUUAGACGUUUGAAUUGUUUCUAAUCAUUAACGGUUUUGUUGUGAUCAUGAACCGGUUCCUACGGGGGACGUUUGGUUCUCGUCCGUUUCCGUCGCCAUGGAAACACGGAUAACUAGACUAGACUAGUCCAGGAACCGGUUCUCGCUAACAAGGGGGCGCUGUGGCCCCAGGAGAACCGGACCAGCACCUGAUUGGGUCAUGUGACCCGGGGGGGGGGCGGAGCAAAAACCAGCUGACGGGUCAUGUGACCCGGGGGGGGGAGGGAGGGAGGGAUCGGGGCCCAACGGAGCGCGCUCAGUGUUGUGAAGCUAACGGAGCUAACUAGCAUGCAGCUACAGCCUCUGCUAGCGGCAACGCUAACGUAGCCAGACCCGGAGUCGCGGGUCAGAACCUGCAGGAGGUCUGGACCUGGUCCAGGACCUGGUCUGGACCUGAACCCUCCGGUCCAGGACUGGGUUUGAAGUGCAAUGAUGGCGUCUUUGUAACCGUUCUGGUCUCUGGAACUGGUCUCUGGGUCUGGUCCAGGUCUGGAUCUGGUCUCAGGAUCUGGUGUCUGGGUCUGGUCUAAGGACCCUG